CGGCCGCCCGCAGCCAUGGAGGACUUCAUCGUGAUCUCGGACGACAGCGGCUCCGAGAGCUCCGGGGGGUCCCGCCCGGGCCGGGCGCGGAGGAUCCGCCGGACCCUGUCCCGGCCUCCCGGCGCGCUGCCCCGCCGGACCGUGAUUAGAAGACCCCAAAGGCUAUCUAGAUACUCUGUAUGUCUAUGGCUUGACAUUGGGGGUCUUCACAAUGAUCAGGACUUCAUUGAUUUAACUAGAGAAACCAGACCAAGGGCCAAGGAUCGCAGUGGACUGUGUGUGAUUGACCUGACAAGAACUGAAGAAGAAAAUAGACCUAUUGCCACCCUUGACUUGACUCUAGAGCCUGUUCCUCCUUCCCAGAAGGAGCCAGCCAGUCUUCAGACAUGUACUGGUCUCUCUAGCAAAGAAGCGCUAGAAGGGCGAGUGGACAGAAGUUCUCGGCCUGCAGCACGGAGGAUCAUUAACAGCGAUCCUGUGGAUUUGGAUCUUUUGGAAGAAACCACAUUCGAAGGCCGCCAGCUCCUUCCGCCCAUCGGUGGGGACUCUGUUUAUCCAGCAGAGCCGAACUGUAGCUCAACCACCUUCAAAGGUGACCUGGGCUUCUUGGCAAGCCUACAGCUGGCUUCAGAUGUUCACUCCCUCUCCCCAACAAGCAAUAAUGGUAGCAGCAGCAAUCAAAGGGUACCCUUGCCAUGCCUACAGCAAGAUGUGCCUUGCCCACCACCAGCCUUGCCAUGCCCAUUGCGAGCCUUGCCGUGCCCACUGCGAUCCUCACCAUGUCCACCGCGAGCCUCCUCAUGCCCACCACGAGCCUUGUCAUGCCCAUCACAAACAGCGCAGUACCAGCUACAAGCUUUGCCUCACCUGCCUCAAGAAGUGCCAUGUCCUCCUCAAGAUGUGCCAUGCCCUCAGAAUGUUCCAUGCCCUCAGCAGAAUAUGCCAGGCCCACCUCAAGACUUACUGUGGUGUCCUCAACACUCACCAAGCCCACCUCAAGACUCACUCUGCCCACCUCAAGACACUUUGGGCUUACCUCAAGAUGUAUCAGGCCCACUUCAAGACAUAUCAUAUCCAGCAGGUAUGGCACAGCUGCAAGAUAUGCCACCAUCAUUGGGACAUGUGCCACAGACACCAGGAGACAAGCCACAGUCACCAGGACACAUGGCACAGCCACCAGCAGACAUGCCACAGCUGCCAGCAGACAUGCCACAGUUGCAUGGAGACAUGCCACAGCCACCAAGACGUGUGACAUAUUCGCCUGGAGAAGUCCCAUACUCACCAAGAGAUGUGAGAGGCCCACCUGGAGAUAUGUCACACUUGCCAGGAGUCAUGCCACACUCACUUGGAGAAUUGCCUCACUCACCUCUGGAGAGACCUGGCUCUCCCCCAAAUGAUAUACAGAACUGUGAUACUCCUAUGGAUAUCUCAGCUCCAAGCUCUCCAAGCUGUUCUCCCAGCCCACAGACUCCAGAGUCUGAUGCUUCCUUAGAGAAAGUUCCUUGGCUCUCUAUCACAGAAACCCCAGCCAGGAAAGAAGUAUCACUGUCAGAGCCUGGCAACCCCAGUUCUGCCCAGGUACAGGCACAAACACAAGGUGGGCUGUACAACAAACCAUGCCUGCAUAGACUGAAGUACUUCUUACGACCUCCAGUGCAUCACCUUUUCUUCCAGACACUAAUACCAGAUAAAGACACAAGAGAGAGCAAGGGUCAAAAAUUAGAACCCAUCCCUCAUCGAAGACUAAGAAUGGUAACAAACACCAUUGAAGAAAAUUUUCCCCUGGGGACUGUGCAGUUUUUGAUGGACUUUGUGUCACCACAGCAUUACCCACCCAGAGAAAUUGUGGCUCACAUCAUCCAGAAAAUCCUACUCAGUGGCUCUGAGACCGUGGAUGUCCUAAAGGAGGCCUACAUGCUUCUCAUGAAAAUUCAACAGCUACAUCCAGCUAACUCCAAGACAGUAGAGUGGGACUGGAAGCUGCUUGCCUAUGUCAUGGAGGAAGAGGGACAAAAUCUGCCCGGGCGAGUCCUUUUUCUGCGUUAUGUAGUACAGACAUUGGAAGAUGACUUCCAGCAGAUCCUGAGGCGGCAGCGACAGCACCUACAGCAGUCCAUUGCCAGCACCGUGCUGUCCUGUGACAAGCAGCCCCAUAAUGUCAGAGAUGUUAUCAAGUGGUUGGUCAAAGCAGUAACUGAAGAUGGAUUAACUCAGCCCCCAGAUGGGAAUCAAACCUCCUCAGGAACUGGAAUCUUGAAAGCCAGCAGUAGCCACACUUCUCCCCCGCCCAACCUGACAAAGAACACCAAUCAGCUGAUUGUCUGCCAGCUGCAAAGGAUGCUGUCCAUAGCUGUAGAGGUGGACAGGACUCCCACCUGUAGCUCCAAUAAAAUUGCUGAGAUGAUGUUUGGAUUUGUACUGGACAUUCCUGAGAGGAGUCAAAGAGAGAUGUUCUUUACUACCAUGGAAAGCCACCUUCUGCGCUGCAAAGUGUUAGAAAUCAUAUUCCUCCACAGCUGCGAGACGCCCACUCGCCUGCCCUUGUCUCUGGCCCAGGCCCUCUAUUUUCUGAACAAUUCCACAUCACUGCUCAAGUGUCAGUCAGAUAAAACCCAGUGGCAGACUUGGGAUGAGCUGGUUGAGCAUCUGCAGUUUCUGUUAUCCAGUUAUCAACAUGUUUUAAGAGAGCACUUGCGGAGUUCAGUGAUUGAUCGGAAAGACUUAAUAAUUAAGAGAAUCAAGCCCAAGCCGCAGCAAGGUGAUGAUAUCACCGUGGUGGACGUGGAGAAGCAGAUCGAGGCCUUCCGCAGCCGCCUGAUCCAGAUGCUGGGGGAGCCGCUGGUCCCACAGCUCCAAGACAAAGUGCACUUGCUGAAGCUCCUGCUCUUCUAUGCUGCAGACUUGAACCCCGACGCAGAACCCUCUACCAAGACCUGGAGCAGCCCCUGAGUCCUCAGCACUGAACACCAAGAAUACCUCCUGAACUCUAUCUCCAACUAUUUGGAAGUUCUAAAAGUAUAAAAAGUAGUUAAAAAUCUUAUAGGACCAAGCCUAUCUAUUUAUCUGUAGGUUAUAACACCUUCCUAUGGUUUAGGAAAUACCUUUUUUUCCCUAUAAUCCUAUCCUAGCCUGUUCUCAACUGGCAUAAAUACACAUGGUGUAUAUAUUUUGUAAUAAAUUAUUUAUCUAUACUUUUUUUGGAAACAGGUAAUACUAUAAUAUGCACUAAAUGCUUAACCAUUCAAGAUGUGAAAAAAGAAUUCCUCUGCUGAACAAAUCCUAGACAUCAAUUAUGUCAUUCAAGGUACUGACAGCCUGUUUCAAAAGAGAAGGACAUUCGUUUCUCCCUAAUGGAACAACACUACAUCCCGUAUUACAAAUGUUAUAUUGCCUAUGAAUUUGACUUGGUGGCCAGUUAUAUUAAGAUCUUAUGUACUGAAUAAAGGGGAGAGGAGAAACUAAAAGAUUGUGUUACCAAAAAAUGGAUGUUAAAAGGAUAUAAUAAAAAGGCAAUGGUUUUUCAAAUUACUGGUUUACCAUGCUUAGAUUCUAUGACUGUGAGUAGAGAAAAAGGAAUAACUACUCCCAACAGGACAAAAAAAAAAAGGCUAUCCACAUUUGAGAAAGUAGUAAGGAAUUUUAUUGUUAAAACAAGUGAUACAAGCAUAAGAGAAGACAAAUAAAUUAAUUGUUCUGAU